AUGGAUAAUAAAAUGCUUAUGAACCAGAAAGAAAAUGAUUUAAAAAAAAAAUUCAUAUUAGAAAUUUUAUUACUUAUAUUAUUAUAUUCUCAGUACUCAUUUCAAUUCAUUUAUUCUUUUUCUAUUAAAAAAAAACCGUUCGUUCUAAAUGCUAUAGCAGAAAAUGAUGGUAUAAAAAAGAGCAAAUUAAGAGAAAACAAAAAAAUUCUUUUAGAAAUUGGUAAUAGUUUAAAAGAACAGAAUGUCAAGAAAUCUCUUGCAAAUCUAGAUGAUUUAUUAAACUGUUCAAAAGAUAAAAAAUUAUCAAAGAAAAUGAGUACUAUAUGUGGUAAUGUAUUAAAUUUAUGCAGUAAAUUUAAUGAUAUUAGUAAUAUGAUAAAGAUUAUUGAGAAAAUGAAAAUUCAUAAUGUAGAAAUGCAAGAAAACUCAUAUUUGGCUAUUUGUAAUUAUUAUAUUUCAAAUAAUUACAUAUAUGAAUAUUUAUUAACAAUAAAUAAAAUGAUAGAAAAGAAAAUAACUAUAAGAGAGAGGUUUUAUAAGUACAUAUUGACAAAUAUUUUAGACCUUUCAUUCGACCAAAGUUACUAUAAAAAUAUAAUAAAUAAUGAAACAAAUCAGAAAAAAGAAAGUUUAGUAAAUUUGAAAAAUUGUGCUGUAGGAACUUAUAAAAUAGAAAAGAAAGAUAAUAAUAAUGAUUAUUUAAAUGUUAAUAAUAAAAGGGAUAUAUUAAUAAAAAACAUUGAUUACACUCAUUUUGAAGACUAUAAAAAAAAAUUAAACAAAUAUGAUAUUGUACUAGAAGAGGCAGAUAAAUUAUAUGUUUUGAAUAAUUAUUUAUUGAUUGAUAUAUUUAAACACAUGAAUGAUAAUAAAAUUAAAAUUAAACUAAUUUAUAUUUUAAAACUCAUUAAUUAUGUUUAUGAAAACAUAUUAUAUAUAAUGAAUAAAAAGUCAAAUGAUGACGUUUUAAAGGAUACUUUAAUCAUAAAUAAUGAAAAUAGAGAAAUUAAAAAGAAAAAAAAUAAUAACAAAGAAGAGUAUGAAAAAAGAAAAAACUUCUUUAAAGAUAUCUUAAUUGAACAGUUAAGAUAUAUUCUUGAAUUAUAUAAAAGUAAUUAUGAAUCUAUGAAUAUAAAUAUAAAAAAAUAUGAAGAAAAUGUUGAUGAAGAAGAGAGAAGAAGCAUUUAUUACUAUGUUAACAAAAUAACAAAAAAAUUACCUUUUAUAAAAUUAACUGAAAAUAUUAAAAAUUCUUAUAACUGUAAAAAUUGUGAAGAAAAUAUUAACACAUACUUCCUUUCAUUAAAACAUAUUAUAAUUGUAAUUGUUAAUAUUAUUUUAAUUACUCAUCUUUUCAAUAAUAAAGAAAUUUUUAAGAUAAAACAUUUUUUUUCUAUAUUAAAUGGGUUUAAUAAUAUCAAUGAAGAAAAAGAGGAAAAAAAUGAGUUAGAAAAAUAUGAAGCAAAAAAGGAUGAGCUAUCAGAGGCAUUAAAUGAAAAAAAAAUAAAUAGAAAAAAUGAAGAGGAAGAAAAUAAAUGUGAAAAUAAAGAAAAAAAAAAAAAUCAUGAAAAUAUAGAAUCAGAUGAAAACAACUAUAAUGAUAUGAAAAAAGUUUAUGAAUUAUAUGAAAAUAAAAAUAAUUUUUUAAAUAAUAAUGAAAUGAAUAACCUUUUUGAAAAAGGUUCAUAUACAUGCAUAUUAGAUGGUGCUAAUAUUGGUUAUAAUAAACAAAAUGUAGAAAACGGAUGCUUUAGUUUUUUACAAAUUGAAAUAAUAAAGGAAAUUUUAAAAAAAAAAAAAAAUGAAAAUCCUUUGAUUAUUCUUCCAAAAAUAUAUCAUUAUAAAAAUUCAUUAAAAUAUAUAGAAGGAAAUGAAAAAAAAAAUGAGAAAAACAGUAACAUUUUUAUACCUAAUAAAACAGUAAAAAUAAAAAAAACUAACUUAUAUCUUUCAGAAAACAACCAUAAUAAUAUUAAGAUGCCAGAAAAAAAUUCUGAUUCUUCUGGAAACAAUUAUGAUAAUAAAUAUAACUCAGAAUUCACAGAAAAAAAUGAUCAAUCAAGUAAAGCGUUAUCAUAUAUAAAAAGAAUUUUUAAUAAGUUAAACGACACAGAUAUUGAAAUAAUUAAAAAAUGGGAAAAAGAGAAGUGUUUAUAUAUAUGCAAUUAUAAUAUGUAUGAUGAUUAUUAUUAUAUUUUAGGAAGUUUAGCUAAAAGCAAUAAAUUAUUUAAUAUAUAUUACUAUAUUGAUAAAUUAUCAAAUCAUUUUUAUAAAUAUGAAAAUUUGAAUCAUAAUAUCAUUAUAGACAACUAUAAUAUAAUUGAUGACAAUAUAGUUUAUGUGAAUAGAGAAAUUUUAUAUGUUUACAAUAAUAUUAUAUUUGAUAAAAAUAGUGAUAUCAUAGUAUUAGUUAGUAGUGAAAGUGUUAAUAAGGAGAAUAAAUAUAUAUCUAUGAAUGAACAAUAUUAUAAUGAUAAAAUUAAAAAAAAAAAUAUAAAUUUAAAUUUAUUUGAAGAUUAUAAAAGAAAUUUAAAAUUAAAAGACAAAGAUAAUGUACCAUAUGAAAAAAAUAUAUACAUGGAUACUUAUAUUUAUGAUUUGAAAAAAAGUGAACAUAUUUUAGUUACAACAACAGAUGAAAAUGAAGAGAAAAGAAAAGAAGGAAAAUUAAAUGAAAGUAAAAUUAUAAAAAAAAAUGAUAUUAAAGAUUCUCCUAAAAAUAGAAAAUUAAAGAAAAAUUUAAAUGAAAAAGAAGCAAAAUAUAACGAGGAAAAUUUUUAUUACAGCAAUAUUUAUGUAAAAUGUGUUACAGAUUUAGAAAGUUCUCAAAAACCUAUUUAUAUUUAUACAAAUGAUAAGAUGAAAAAUCAUUAUUUUAAUGAAUAUACUAAUUUCAUUUUAAAAAAAUGGAAAAAAAAAAGUUUUAUAUCCUUUUAUUUUAAGAAGCCAAUAUUUUUAUCUGAAUUACAAAAACAAAAAAGAACAGAUAACAUAGAUUUAACAAAUCUAAUAGAUAAUUAUAAAUUGCCAUACGUUAAUUUAGAAAAUUUUAAAUUAUAUAUAGAUGAUAUUGUAUCUUAUAAAAAUAAAAAUGUUUAUCAUAUAAAACUUAAUUCACCCAAUAAAACUUUUUUUUCUUAUCAUAAUCAAAAUGAUAGUCUUCCUUUUAUUCAAUAUAAUAAUAUAGUAAAAUAUUUAUGCAUUGAUUUUUCAAAAAUAUAA